CUCUUGUUUCGGCUCUAUGCUCUUAUACUUCAACCUUCUUCUUCUUCUUCUUUCUUUGUUUCGUAGAAUUAGUACCUUAAACACUAGGCUAGUUUCAAUGGCGGUGACGAAGCAGGUUCCUCAGGUGGAGGACGAGAAGUCACUGCAGAAGAGGAACGAGGAGCUGGAGAGGGAGCUGAGGAAGAGCCAGGAGAGAGAGGAGAGUAUGAAGGCUGAGCUGCAGAAGAUGUUUGAGAGGCUGAGAGUGGCGGAAGAGGCUGAGGAGAGACUGUGCUCACAGCUCGGUGAGCUAGAGGCCGAGGCCAUCGAUCAGGCGCGUUCAGAUCACGCGAGGAUUGUAUCCCUCCUGAACCAGCUCCCUCAGGCGCAGCGUCUCCUCCAAUCCGCUGCGGUUUCUCUUCCGUUAGAACUCGCCGCCAAAUGAGGGAUUGCGUUUGUUUGGUGUUUCAGUUCCCAAUGAUCGAUAUCUCCGGCCGGCCAUGUAAUAUUAUUGUGACUGGUCAUCAAGGUCAUCGUUGUUGUUGUUGUUGUUGUUGUAGAAAUGAGAAUUAUAGGAAGCGGUUUUGAUGUUUGUUUGAUCCAUCGAUCCAUCGUCUGUUUCAUUUGAAAAGGAAGAGAUGAUGAUGUCGAUAUAUAUGAUGGAACUUAAUAAAUUGCGGUGUGUUAUAUUGUUAUGUUGUU